CCCAAUACAGUCUGGUUUAGACCGCUAUACAGAUAAGUCAUGACUAUAGUAUAAAGUUACUGCGUAGAUUAGACACAUAUUUUAUCUAAUAUUAUUAUAAGUAAUAUUUUUUUAUUAAGUAACUACUGUGUUAUUUUAUUUUGUAGAAAUACUGCGUCGUAAGGAUUAAAUACUAGCAACGCUGUCUGUUAAGAUGGAGAGUCUACCAAGAGAUGGUUUUUUGAAGUUCAACAGUGACACACUGGAAGCUGUAAGGAAAGUUUACAACUUAGAGAAGCCAGGAGAGAUGAAACAAGCCGUUGACAUUUUAGAAGAAUGGAUCAGACAACAACAACACUUUACUAAGAAAACAUUUGAUCGGCGGUAUUUAGAGCUGACUAUCAUUGUUAGUAAAGGAUCAUUGGAACGAGCUAAAUCAAGAUUAGACAGAGCUUGCACCUUCAGGACACUCAUGCCGGAGAUCUUCGAAGAGUAUGACAUAAGAAAUGAUGCAAUUAUUUCCAGGGACUUGAAAGAUAUCACACAUUCAAUUUUGCCAAAGAUGACGAAAGAUCACAACAGGAUUUACAUUUUGAGGAAUACGGGAAAAAAGUUCGAAACCACGUUCUUGGAUAGUUAUAUGAAAGUAAUAAUGACGUUUGCCGAGUACAUAAAAGUUCACGAUUAUGCACUGAGCAACUACCUUGUAUUGGAUUAUAUGGAUGUGAACAUGGUAGAAUUGGCAUCUAAAUUGUAUAUUACUACUAUGAGACAAAUUAUGGCACUAGUGACGGAAGGCUAUGGAUUUAGAGUGAAAGGAAUAUUAAUAUUAUCGGAGUCGAAACUAGUGGACAUGGUAGUAUCGAUAUUUAAGCAAGUUAUGCCAGCGAAGAUAGGAAGCAGGAUAGAAGUGUUGAAAAGUCCACAGAUGUUGAAGGACAUAGUUGGGGAAGAAGUACUGCCUGCAGACUACGGCGGCACUGAAAAGACUUUGGCAGAAAUGCAAGAGGAUUUUUUCAACGUGAUCGAGUCAAAGGAUUUCAAGGCGUACCUCCGAGACAUAAACUCAGCCAAGACUGACGAGUCACGUAGACAGACAGACAAGUUUAACGAGCAGUACCUGGGGAUGCCUGGCACCUUCAGGACACUCAGUGUCGACUGAUAAAAUAUAAAUAAAUAUAAACAGCCUCAUACGCCUAAUGAUGUGCGGGGGAGGGGGGUUUAAAAAGCCAUUCAUCCAAAAAAGCAAUACAGCAAUUUUACAUUACAUUUUUAUUACAAUACAUAACAUGAACACGCCUGCAUUAACGAUACGGCCAAACGUUGAUUGAAAUAUCAUUAAACGUUGACGUUUCAACGAUAUGGUCAACUUAACUUGGCUAUUUCAUGAAAUAAUCAAUUUUAAAAUCAGGCCACGAACAAAUGAAUGUCAAAUUGAAAUAUUGCUUUUUUAGAUGAAUUGCUCCGAUUUGGCCUCUUUAACCCUUCAGUUCUCGGGAAUUUAAAGUAGAAUAAGUAGUAAAAAACUCUUUAGUAGUAAGGACACUGUUUGUUUAUUUUAAGUUUAAUCUUUCUUCUAGUAUCCCAUCUAUGUAAAGGCUAAGUCAUAAAGCUCUUUUUACAUAACUUUAGCACAUUUUUACUAAGCGGCAAAUGACUGUAUGCGUCCCUGCUAGCCACAGGCCUCCCUUCAGUCAACGAAUGGGGUAUGGAGCAUACUCUUCCAAACUCUUCCAGUGCGGGUUAGUGGAUUGUAACAAUUAUUUAUUAUUAAUAAAGAUAAAGAAAAGAUUCAUUUUAAGCUUACUUUGGUUUAUGAUAGAUAAAAGAAACGGAAUAAAGUUUUUUGACGUAA